GCGGGGCGCGCGGGACGCUCUAGGACCCAGCAGCGGCGGACGGCUUCGGGGCUGGAGGUGAAGCCCUGGCAUUUCUCUCCUUCCUGUGUGAAUGGGGCUGACUGUCGGGCGCCGCUUCCCCGCGCUGCCCCACGCCAUGCCCUGCACGCUGCCCGGCGGCCGCCUUCCCCAGCCGCGCCACUGAGCUAGCCAUGGUCGCCUCAUGUGGCGGGCAAAGUUGCGCCGGGGAACUUGUGAGUCUGCGGUGAAAGGUCCCCCUCCUAUUGGUUACAGCCCUGGUAGUCCUGCCCCGAUUCUAGAAGACCCCAACUACUUUUUCCCAGACUUCCAGCUCUAUUCUGGGAGGCGUGAACCAUCUGCUUUGACGGUGGAGGCAAACGGUAGUGGCAUCAGGGAAAAAGUUGUUGAGGACUCCCUGUGUCACUUCCAGCCCCCGAGCCUCCUGAGGACCUCAGAGGUGGAAAUGAGAGGUUCCGAGGAUGCGGCAGCUGGGACAGUGUUACAGCGGCUGAUCCAGGAACAACUGCGGUAUGGCACCCCGACCGAGAACAUGAACUUGCUGGCCAUUCAGCACCAGGCCACAGGGAGCGCAGGACCCGCCCACCCCACCAACAGCUUUUCUUCCACGGAAAACCUCGCUCAAGAAGACCCACCAAUGGUCUACCAGUCGGCACGCCAGGAACCGCAGGGUCAAGAACACCAGGUGGACAAUACGGUGAUGGAGAAACAGGUGCGGUCCACGCAGCCUCAGCAGAACAACGAGGAGCUGCCCACUUACGAGGAGGCCAAGGCGCAGUCCCAGUUCUUUCGGGGCCAGCAGCAGCAGCAGGGGGCUGCCGGCCAUGGUUACUACAUGGCGGGGGGCAGCAGUCAAAAGGCCCGGACUGAGGGGAGGCCCACGGUGAACCGUGCCAACAGUGGACAGGCGCAUAAGGACGAGGCGCUGAAAGAACUCAAGCAGGGCCACGUCCGCUCUCUCAGUGAGAGGAUCAUGCAGCUGUCGUUGGAGAGGAAUGGUGCUAAGCAGCACCUCCCUGGCUCAGGGAAUGGAAAGGGGUUCAAGGCAGGAGGGGGACCCUCCCCAGCCCAGCCUGCAGGUAAAGUGCUGGACCCCCGGGGUCCUCCACCUGAGUACCCCUACAAGACCAAGCAGAUGAUGUCCCCCGUCAGCAAGACCCAGGAGCAUGGACUUUUCUACAGUGACCAGCACCCAGGGAUGCUCCAUGAGAUGGUCAAGCCUUAUCCUGCUCCUCAGCCUGCGAGAACGGAAGUGGCUGUCCUACGGUACCAGCCGCCCCCAGAGUACGGGGUAACGAGCCGCCCCUGCCAGCUCCCUUUCCCGUCGACCAUGCAGCAGCACAGCCCCAUGUCCUCCCAGAACCCCCCGGUCAGCGGGCCGCUGCACUCCGUGUCCUUGCCACUUCCACUGCCCGUGACCCUGGCGGCUCCGCAGCCCCCGCCGGCCGCCUCGCCCAGCCAGCAGCUUGGGCCUGAUGCCUUCGCCAUCGUGGAGCGAGCCCAGCAGAUGGUGGAGAUCCUAACCGAGGAGAACCGGGUGCUUCACCAGGAACUUCAGGGUUACUAUGACAAUGCCGACAAGCUCCACAAGUUUGAAAAAGAACUUCAGAGAAUUUCAGAAGCCUAUGAGAGCCUGGUCAAGUCCACGACCAAGCGGGAAUCACUGGACAAGGCAAUGAGAAACAAACUGGAAGGCGAGAUCCGAAGGCUUCACGAUUUCAACAGAGACCUCCGAGAUCGCCUAGAGACGGCCAACAGGCAGCUGUCUAGCAGGGAAUACGACGGGCACGAAGACAGAGCUGCAGAGGGGCUCUACGCUUCCCAGAACAAAGAGUUCUUAAAGGAGAAGGAGAAGUUGGAAAUGGAGUUAGCAGCCGUGCGGACCGCGAGCGAGGACCACCGGAGACACAUUGAGAUCCUGGACCAGGCUCUGAGCAACGCCCAGGCCAGAGUCAUCAAGCUGGAGGAGGAGUUACGAGAGAAGCAAGCCUAUGUGGAGAAGGUGGAGAAGCUCCAGCAGGCCCUGAGCCAGCUGCAGUCUGCGUGUGAGAAGCGAGAGCAGAUGGAGCGGAGACUGCGGACCUGGCUGGAGAGAGAGCUGGAUGCGCUGAGGACCCAGCAGAAACAUGGAAAUGGCCAGCCAACCGGCAUGCCAGAGUAUAAUGCCCCGGCCCUCAUGGAACUUGUGAGGGAGAAGGAGGAGCGGAUCCUGGCCCUGGAGGCCGACAUGACCAAGUGGGAGCAGAAGUACCUGGAGGAGAGUACCAUCCGACACUUUGCCAUGAACGCUGCGGCCACAGCAGCUGCUGAGAGGGACACCACGAUCAUCAACCACUCGAGGAAUGGCAGCUACGGCGAGAGCUCACUGGAGGCCCACAUCUGGCAGGAGGAGGAGGAGGUGGUGCAGGCCACCAGGAGGUGUCAGGACAUGGAGUACACUAUUAAGAAUCUCCAUGCCAAAAUCAUAGAGAAGGACGCCAUGAUUAAGGUCCUUCAGCAGCGGUCCCGUAAAGACGCCGGGAAGACGGACUCCUCGAGCCUGCGUCCCGCCCGCUCCGUCCCAUCCAUUGCUGCGGCCACUGGGACCCACUCCCGCCAGACCUCGCUUACCAGCAGCCAGUUAGCCGAGGAGAAGAAGGAGGAGAAGACCUGGAAGGGGAGCAUAGGGCGGCUGCUGGGGAAGGAGCACCACGAGCACGCUUCGACCACCCUGGCCGCUGCGCUGUCCCCCAGCGCCUCCACCACCUCGGCCGGCAGCGCCCACGCUAAGACGGGCAGCAAGGACAACAGCACCCAGACGGACAAGAGCGCCGAGCUCUUCUGGCCCAGCAUGGCCUCCCUGCCCAGUCGCGGCCGGCUGAGCAUGACCCCUUCCAAUAGCCCCGUCCUGAAACACCCGGUGGCUAAAGGGGCCGCAGAGAAACCGGAGAACCCUCCGGGCCACGGGAAGUCCCCUGACCACAAAGGCCGCGUCAGCAGCUUGCUCCACAAGCCCGAGUUCCCUGAUGGAGAGAUGAUGGAAGUUCUCAUCUAACACUGGCGUCCCUGCUGCUUUCUGUGAGGGGAUCUUGACAAAUGAGGAGUGUGGCCGAGAGGGAGAAGAAAGAUCGAGAAAGUUGUGGAUGGGAAAUCAGGAACGAUGUGAACUGAUAAGAUCUUAAAUUAGUAAGAACACUUUUUAUAAACGUUUAAAAAAAUAAUCAGGAGACCUACAUGACUGAAGAUGAGGAGAAUGCUAUGGAUUCGUACCUCAUAUGGUAGAAGAGAGAAGAUGCAUGUAGGUUUGGAAAUCCCACAGGAAGUGGGAUUUUCACUGUAUAGAAAGUGUAUCUCUUGGGGAGGGUCUGUGUACACCCACUCUCUGGCUAUAAACACAUAAACCUGAACAUGGAUCUUCCUUGAAAUAUCCCCAUUCUCCUUGCCUCUUAGCAUGUUUGUUUUUGGUUUUUUUAUUUUUUAAGAAGAACCUUCUAGAAAUCUCCGAGAGCCCAUCUCAGCGUCAUGUAAUGUCACCUGUGCCAUCGGGGUUUCCUGUGAAUGUGUGUGGGGUUGGCAGUGAGAAGACGUGUCUGCGGGUGAUGGGAAUUUAGCAGGCGGUUCUCACCAAACUCCCUGCUUGGUUUGGAUUUUCAGGAGAUGGCGGGGCUUCUUAGCUUCUGGGUUCAGCCAUAAAAAUACGGAACAGGAAGGGAGCAUUAUGAUCUUGGUGCUCAAACUCCCUAACUGCUCUGA